CAUCUUUACGAGGGGAACUCUAGCUGCGCUUUCUCCCGCUCUGGCCCGCGCGCUAGCGCCCUGCUGCUUCGGGGCGGAAGUAGCGGAGCCGGGCUCGGCCCCCUUAAAGGGACAGGGACUGAUGCAACCUACCGGGUGUACUUGGGAGCGAAGGGUGAAGCGACCCAGGCGAGGCUCGCCAUGGCCAAACAGCUGCAGGCCCGAAGGCUAGACGGGAUCGACCACAACCCCUGAAUCUCAGUCUUGUUAUCCAGGCUGGAGUGCAAUGGUGCGAUCUCAGCUCACUUCAACCUCUGGUUCCUGGGUUCAACUGAUUCUCCUGCCUCAGCCUUCCAAGUAGCUGGGAUUACAGGCCCCCGCCACCAUGCCUGACUAACUUUUGUAUUUUUAGUGAAGACAGAGUUUCACCAUGUUGCCCAGGCUGGUCUCAAACUCCUGACCUCAGGUGAUCCGCCCACCUUGGCCUCCCAAAGUGCUGGGAUUACAGGCGUGAGCCACCGCGCCCGGCCGGUUUUCCAGUUUUUCUAAACAGGCUGAAGUCCAGGUCACCAUGGAAGGCUGGGCUGGUGCUGAUUCUCCGUUUGUUACCCAGGGUGGAGUUUGUCAAACUGGCCAGUGAGCAUGACGUCGUGAACUUGGGCCAGGGCUUCCCGGAUUUCCCGCCCCCAGACUUUGCCGUGGAAGCCUUUCAGCACGCUGUCAGUGGAGACUUCAUGCUCAACCAGUACACCAAGGCAUUUGGUUACCCACCACUGACGAAGAUCCUGGCAAGUUUCUUUGGGAAGCUGCUGGGUCAGGAGAUGGACCCGCUCAGGAAUGUGCUGGUGACCGUUGGUGGCUAUGGGGCCCUGUUCACAGCCUUCCAGGCCCUGGUGGACGAAGGAGACGAGGUCAUCAUCAUCGAACCCUUUUUUGACUGCUACGAGCCCAUGACAAUGAUGGCAGGGGGUCGCCCUGUGUUUGUGCCCCUGAAGCCGGGUCCUAUCCAGAAUGGAGAACUGGGUUCCAGCAGCAACUGGCAGCUGGACCCCACGGAGCUGGCCAGCAAAUUCACAUCACGCACCAAAGCCCUGGUCCUCAACACCCCCAACAACCCCCUGGGCAAGGUGUUCUCCAGGGAAGAGCUGGAGCUGGUGGCCAGCCUGUGCCAGCAGCAUGACGUGGUGUGUAUCACUGAUGAAGUCUACCAGUGGAUGGUCUACGAUGGGCACCAGCACAUCAGCAUUGCCAGCCUCCCUGGCAUGUGGGAACGGACCCUGACCAUCGGCAGCGCGGGCAAGACCUUCAGCGCCACUGGCUGGAAGGUGGGCUGGGUCCUGGGUCCAGAUCACAUCAUGAAGCACCUGCGGACCAUGCACCAGAACUCCAUCUUCCACUGCCCCACACAGAGCCAGGCUGCAGUAGCCGAGAGCUUUGAGCGGGAGCAGCUGCUCUUCCGCCAACCCAGCAGCUACUUUGUGCAGUUCCCGCAGGCCAUGCAGCGCUGCCGUGACCACAUGAUACGCAGCCUACAGUCAGUGGGCCUGAAGCCCAUCAUCCCUCACGGCAGCUACUUCCUCAUCACAGACAUCUCAGACUUCAAGAGGAAGAUGCCUGACUUGCCUGGAGCUGUGGAUGAGCCCUAUGACAGACGCUUCGUCAAGUGGAUGAUCAAGAACAAGGGCUUGGUGGCCAUCCCUGUCUCCAUCUUCUAUAGUGUGCCGCAUCAGAAGCACUUUGACCACUAUAUCCGCUUCUGUUUUGUGAAGGAUGAAGCCACGCUCCAGGCCAUGGACGAGAAGCUGCGGAAGUGGCAGGUGGAGCUCUAGCCCUGAAGUCACGCCUUGGCCCCGACAUCCCCACGCGCGCAGAGAACCUCUCUGAGUGUCUGUCCAGGUUUCAGACAUUUCCAGGUUGGGGAAGAUGCUAUUGGGAAACCUCUUCUCUGUGACACAGAAUGUUCUGGGUGGGAGCCGCCCUUCAUCUUAGAGAACCCAGUGCCUCCUGCCUGAAAGGUGAGGGUGGCCUGACCUGGGCCUCUCCCUGCCCCUCCGUAGGUGGGUUUGUAGGGCCUUGUGUUUCUUCUGGUCUCUCCAGGCUUGGCUGAGACCGACGGUAGAGUCCCACCAUGUAUCGAUCACAUCCAAGCCCUGCAUGGCCCCUGCUAAGGCCCAGGCAUAACCUCACCUUCCCUGGCUCAUCUUGGCCUUGGGGAGUUGCCUUUAGACUUGAGUCCUCAAGCCACUCCUUUUCAUCCAUAAUAAAAUGUUUAAGUUAUUCAAAUCCUUA